AGUACAAUGCCGAGGACUCUAAGUGGCCGUGCAACGGGUUAACGCCGCAGACGUGCAGCAAUUCCGGCACUUCAUGAUGCUGGUACUUGAUCAAGAGUUUCUUUCGGGUAUUCCUACGGACAUCGAUGGGUUGUUGAGCAGGUUCCUGGCUUUGCUGAUUUCGCGACGCAGAUGUACGUUACCUGCCCGGCUGAGUCUCGGGUUACAUGUAACCUACCAGCCUUGCAGAGGCAUGUCAUAAUUACCACCACGGGGGUAGACAUCAGUCUUCAGAGCAUCGUGCUCAAUAGGGCAGUCAAUCACAAUCUUCUACCUCGUGAAGGAGCGCUGUUGCAGACAUUACUGCCCAGAAACGAUAGAGCGGCAGCCAAUAGGAGCACCGGUGGAUGCAAGCAACGACAGCUACCAUUCGCAACCGUUGCCCUGGAAAGAGAGAGCAUGGGUGAAAGAAACGUGACAGGUGAUGGCAUCUGUUCCAGAAGAUAUCCAUUGUGAUGAAUGACGAAUGGCAUCUCUUGAACGUCGAGGCAGGGCGCGGGUUCCUGCCGUUGCCGACAGGCCGAGAGCUCAGCUGGGGCAAGCGCGGGUAUGACGAAAUCUGGAGCGCACGCGUAUCUUGUCUUUUCACCUGUUGCUUCAACCUUCACUUUCGCCAGCUGCACCACCGCUCUGAUUCUGGCCUCUUGACGCAUGCAGUAACUGCAGUGAAUAGCCCUGCCUCUACGAGGUACCCCGUACAUACCCAGACCUCGGCCGAUCUUGUGCGCCCCGCCAUGAGCGGAAGACGGCCGCCCAUCGACAAGCGCAAGUCGUCUACGCUGCACUAUCAGACCUUCCCUACGAAACCACCGACUUCACGAGGCCCUCGACAGUCGAAUUCCCCGCCCAAUGGCCCUGCCAGCGGCUCAGAGCCAGACGAUCAGCAUCAUGAGUCACCCCUGCCUAAGAAGCAGCUCAUUGUGCUGGCUAUUAUCGCGCUUGCCGAGCAGACAGCCCUCAACUCAAUCAGUCCAUAUCUGCCAGAGAUGACAAAGAGCUUCCCAGAGGUCAAGGAGGGUCAGACAGGGUUGUACGUAGGGCUCAUUGCCUCGUCAUUCGCUCUGGCGCAGUUCACGACCAACUUCUUCUGGGGCUGGCUGUCAGACAAGAUUGGGAGGAAGCCUGUCAUCAUCACUGGCACCUUCCUGACUAUGGUUUCCUUCCUUGCUUUUGGUUUCUGCAAAACCCUCUGGCAGGCUGUUCUCGUACAGGCGCUCAUGGGAAUAGUCAACGGCAACUCUGGCGUUGUGUCUACCUGUCUCGGCGAGAUCACGGACCGCAGCAAUCAGUCACGGGCGUUCACAUAUCUGCCAGUGGUCUAUGGCAUCGGCGGCAUCACUGGACCUAUCGUUGGAGGUCUGUUGGUUUUCUACAAAAACCCUCUCGACCAGGGGAAGACCAACCCGUUCCCGUACCUACUGCCGAACCUCUUCUCUGCCCUCGUUCUCGGUAUUGAUCUCGUAGUAUGCAUGAUCUUCCUCGAGGAGAGUCUGGAGGAAGCGAAAGAUCUGCCGCCUCUUGGCAAGAGGAUAGGAAACCUCUUUACACGAAUGUGGCAGUUCACGAGCUCUACACGGCCUUCAUACGUACCACGCUGGCUGAGCAGGCAGAAGAGUCACCACUCGCAACACCUAGAUGGCAUUGAGGAAGAAGACGAGGAUUUGGACGAUACAUCAGACGCUGGCUCGGACGGAAUCGCACCGGCCCUGUUCCCAGAUACCAACGGCGAGCUGACUAAGAAGGAGAUUCUCAACAGAGAUACGAUCUUACUUCUGGUUACAUACACCAUCUUCCAGCUGGCGAACAUCUCGUACAACUCCUUGUAUCCAAUCUUUGCCGAGGAAGUAGAACCGACAGGACGAGGACUGAAGCCUGAGGCUGUUGGGCUGUCAUUGUCGUUCGCAGGCGCCAUCACGAUUGUCUUCCAGGUGGGCAUCUUUGGCAAGCUUCGCGGCAAGCUUGGCAACAAGGUCGCAUACAGAGCCAGCUUGGCUUUCUUCGUUGUGGCGUUUAGCUUGAUGCCCUUUGUGGGCUAUAAGAGCAAGCAGGGGAGUGCUUGGUUGUGGUUCGAGCUCGGUGUAGUGUUAGUGAUUAAGACGAUCGCUGGUGUCGGUGGUUUGACAGCCGCGCUGCUCUUGAUCACCAACUCAGCCCCGAAUCACAAUGUACUCGGCACCCUCAACGGGUUGGCCCAGACGCUCUCAGCUGCAGGCCGCGCUGCUGGACCCUUCAUCUCGGGGUCGCUUUUCACGGCAGCGACUAAGAUCCAACCCAAAGGAGAAGCACUACCCUUCGGCCUCUUUGCAGGUAUCUCGUUGCUGGGUUUCCUUUUGAGUUUUGGCAUUCGUGGUGAAAACCUCGAGGCUGAAGGAUGGAGUGACGAGGAUGAAGACGAGGAUGAAGAGGAGGAGAUCGGUGAUGAUAGGCAAGACAUGAACGAGCGCUCUGGCCUUCUACGCAAGUAGCGUCGCACUGCACUGUACAGACGUGUGUCACAUAGAUAGGGUUUGCAUAGCUUCAUCGGCACGAUUGAGCGCGGCGUUGGUUGUUUGCAAGUAUAUAGAGGACGAUCUCGGCAAAUAGAUG